AUGGCAACACAACAACCAGAUCAACAACUACAGGUUUCUGUAGCUCAAUUAGCACCAGCUGACCGUGAAGGUUGGUUAACUAAACAAGGUGGUGCCAUUAAAACAUGGAGAAGACGUUGGUUCGUCCUGAAAGGAAAGAAACUGUAUUAUUUUAAGAAUAAGACCGUAAGUUUGAAUCAAUCAUCAUAUUCAUUUCAUUCAUCUCUUCACUUUUCAAUCACAAUUCAAAAUAGAUCGAUGAACCAAACCAAAUAUCAAACAGUUACAAUUAAUCUUUCAAGACUAAAAUUGGUUGGUGUGGCGGAUGACGGAGAGGCAACAGGUUUAAUUGAAUUCGAACCAGAGUCAUUCGUAAAGGAUGAAAGAGAUAAAGACAAGAAAAAGAAGUUUAUGUUUUCACUUGGUACAUCAAAGAGAGUUUACUAUAUUUAUGCAGAGUCAGAGACUGACAUGAAACAAUGGAUCGAAUCAAUUAGACGUAAUUUGGGUGAAGGAUCGAGUGGAUCAACCAGUCCAACACCAAAGGUCACCACCACAAUCGACGCUACACCAAAAACCAACGGUACCGCUCCAGCAAUCGAGAAACCAAUUAGUGCUUCUUCGCCAAGAGCAAAGAUUUCAAAUGCCAAGACUACCAUUCAAUUUUUAAGAGAUGAUGAUUCUAAAGUAUUGGAAUUCUGGCAAAUUUGGUCAGAGAGUAUCCCACCACAAGGAGAUUUGCAAAGUGGCACUUCAAUUGAAUUCCAUGUUGCCACCUCUAUGGAUAUGCAAAAGUUGACAUGGAGAACUGCAGGUCCACAGAAUAUUUUCAUUCAAAAGAUGGUAGAUUUCUUCUGGAAUGUAGGUGCCCCAGAGACUGAAAUCGACAGAUUGAACGACGUUGGUGCUCUCAUCAACCCAGUAAAGAUUGGUUCGUGGAUCGAUAUGUCCGACAAGGGUGGUAUGGACGGUGGAUGGUACUUCCCAGUGGACAUUCCUCUAAAGUUGGCCAUUGAGGCAUCGGACAUCGGUGAGCCCACUCGUAAGCUCGCAGAAUGGGCCGAAGCCAACGAAGUAUUGAAUUGUUAUAGUGUCGGUAGAGAUAUGGGUGCUGCUCCACCCAGACAAACAGAGAUCCGUCUCAAGCUGCCAGGAUCAGACUUCAACGCACAAUUGAACCUCGCCGUCGAUGCAUUCAAAACAUUCCAAUUCCCAGCACUUCCAAACGAUGCCCUCAAUAUUUUGCGUCAAGGUUCCAACGACACCACCGGUGGUCUGUGUCUGAGCGUUAUCACUUCGAGCGAAGGUUUUGUACGUCUCGGUCUUCUAGUUCCAAAGCCAUCGCGUGAUAUCGUUGAGAAACUGAUGGAAUACCAAAUGGCACCAAAAGAUAAGAUUUCUAAAUUCGAACAACAAUUGGGUGGAGUCGGUCCAGCCUACGUUGAAUAUCAAUUCUUACAAAAAGGUUUUGGUUAUACUGUAUACAAAGAAGGAUUCGAUAUUGUACUUCAUUAUUUUGUUGGUGAAGAUCAUGCUGAAUAA